CUCUAUCAAACAAGUUGUAAGGAUCAGUGAUACUGUGAGCCUGGCGCCAUGGACGAAAACGCAGCGUCCGAUGCUGUUGACAGCAUCCUCAACAACCUCAAUGAAUUCAACAUGUCCAGUAUUGCUUUCAAUAAUGCAACAUUGUUGGUCCCGACGAAUACCACGGGCUGUCUACGCCCUGGGGCAAUGCCAAUCCCAAUGUACAAUUUCAAUUGCUCCCUACUUCAAAUGCAGAGCACCACACAGUUCAUGAACAAUCAUUGUGCACCAAACAAUACCGAUGUCUGCCUAUUGGGCUUUUCAUGUCCACAUUCCAAUGCGACCAACCCUCCACAGUAUUGCCCACCAACCGAACAGUGUCUACUGGUUCGUUCCACCAAAGGGACAUGCCGACCUCAAGGGACCUAUGAACCUCGAGUUUGUCCACCAGGUCACUAUUGCCCCUUUGGUGGCAAACAACUCAUCAGAUGCCCUAGGGGUACUUUUUGCCCCAUGGGCAGCUUCGAGCCGACCCAAUGCGGCCCCGCUUCUAUGUGCCCAGCAGGAAGCCGCAGGCAAGUUGUUAUGCUUCCUGUCUACAUUACUGCUGCCAUUGAUUUCCUCUUGAUUGUUGUUGCGGUGGGGUUCUUUUUCUUCUCCAAGCGUUUCAUGGGCAAGAAGAUUUUACCUAAACAAAAGCCGACACCCGUAGAGAAAGAUCUUGAAGACACGGGGCCACCGCGUUUGUUGUCCAUACAGCCUAUCGAACCACAUGAAAUAGAAGAAUCUCCAGAGAUUCAAAGGCUGAUGCAGUCUUUCCGCAAUUGCAUCGGCACAGACAAUGUCGGAUUGGCAUUUGACUUUGACAAUCUAUCCUUCGAGCCGAAGCCUGGGAAGAAGAUCCUCGACGGUAUUUCUGGUUCUAUGCGGAGUGGGUCAUUCUGGGCAGUUAUGGGCGGCUCAGGUGCCGGGAAGAGCACAUUCUUGAACGUUCUCAUGGGCAAGACUGACCACACCAGUGGGAGUGUUCUUGUGAAUGGUCACGACGAGAAAAUGAAAAAGUACAAGAAACUGAUAGGCUAUGUCCCUCAAGAUGAUGUUGUUCUCCCAGAGUUGACCGUUCGAGAGAAUAUUCUGCACUCGGCGCGCAUCCGUCUUCCGCGAACUUGGUCUGAUGAGGAGAAGCAAGAGCAUGUCGAUAAUCUUAUCGCUUGCUUAGGGCUAUCUCAUGUCGCCGAUUCCCUUGUCGGAGACACAAGAAAACCUGUUAUUUCUGGAGGUCAGCGGAAACGAGUGAGCAUUGGAUUGGAGUUGGCUGCUGCUCCUAUGGCGCUCUUCCUGGACGAGCCGACUUCUGGACUUGACGCAACUUCUGCAGGAACCGUCAUGGGCCUGUUAAGGUCCAUUUCUCGACUCGGGGUGACCACCAUUGCAAUCAUUCAUCAGCCCCGCCAAGAGGUGUUUGAAUCGAUUGAUAAUCUCCUACUAUUGGGCAACGGCCAGCAGAUCUAUGCUGGAGAGACCAAGGAGGUGGACGAGUAUCUCAACAAACUCGGGUUCAUCUUUCCACAAAACAGAAAUCCCGCAGAUGUCAUCAUGGACAUUGCAACCGGUAACGGACAGCAGUAUAAUCGUUCUUUAUUCUGGAGAGAAGACGGUGCACAGAAACUCCUGGACAAGUGGCAAGAGCAUAUUUCCAAAUCCAAAUCCACAUCUUCAGAUGAAGAUGAAGUGGAAUCGAAAGAGGUCAAAAAUGCGGCCGCAGAGGUUCAUGUCACAGCUUCCACAGUCGCUCAAGAGCAUUCACUUGCUCAUUCAAUCAAGAAAAGAGGCGCUUCUUUUCCACUGCAAGUGUGGUAUUGCUUCAGGAGGGCUAUGCUUCAGCAACUGAGAAACAGAGGCAGCUUAUUUUUUGAAAUUGGAGUUGGUGCAUUGGCAGGUGCCGUGAUCGGUUUGUCGGCAUUCUCUGCAAAUGGGCAGUUGUUUCGAGGAAUCUAUCAUUUCCCUUUCACCGCGUUGUCAAGUGCGGUUGACUACCAGUCUGCGAUUCAGAUUGGUUUGCUUGGAGGGCUUGCCAUUGGUCUUGCAGCGAGUGCAGCAGGCGUCAAGGUUUUUGGUGAUGAAAAACUCAUCUACUGGCGAGAAGCGGCUGCUGGCCACAAUCGAUAUGCUUAUUAUUUGGGAAAGGUCAUGUCGACAUUUAUCAGAAUGACUUUAUCAUGCCUUCAUUUCAGUGUCUUCCUAGGCGUGUUGGCGACUCCACUAAUGUCGUUCUCUACGAUAUUUGCGGCAAACCUUUUGUAUUUUUAUUGCAUCUAUGGGUUUUCCAGCUGUAUCAGCAUGGUCACACGACGCGAGGAUGGUCCAUUACUGGCCGUGAUGGGGAGUUUGAUUCUAGGAAUCCUCGGAGGUGCUGCUCCUCCACUGAGCAAAGUCAAAAUGUGGCAUAUGACUUGGCUGUGGAGGAUGUCACCUGGGGUAGGUUGAUCACUACUAUGAUUCUUCGCACGAGCUCAUACUGACAUGAUACUCCAGACGUGGUUUACUGAAAUCUGGUUUACUAGGAACGUGGUUCCGUUGAGGUAUCUCUACAUCAUAGACCUAGCGGCAGAAGCCACUGGGUUUAGCUUUAACCACGUUACCUUAGAUCUCUGGUAAGUGGAGUGGAUAGAUCUUGAUGACAUCGACAGGAAGCUGACCACAACAGUGUCAUGUUCGCUAUCGGAACAGCUUAUCGAGUGAUAGCAUGCGCGCUCCUCAUUCUUGUCAAGCGGAGCAAGCAGAGGUAGAUGGGCAUUAGGAGUAUGAAUGGAUGGUGUGACCAUUUCUUCACUUCUCGACAAGGAUUAGUGUUGAGAAAAUUAGAUUACUUUAGAAGUUUUACACAUCGUUGGCUGUUUCUACCACAAAGUCGUUGAACAUGAGCUGAUCGUUAGGGGAGUCGUUGACCAGGCCGCAGAUACGGAUGCUGUGGUAGCGGUGCAAGUCUAGCCGUUGAACCCCACCAAUCCAUCAAGUCCAUCUCGAGCGGAUCCCAACGUGCG